GAUUUAAAGGGACAACACCCUCCGCCCGCGCCCUCCCCUCCUCAUUCCUAGUCAGCUGAUGAGGCCUGAGCCUGGGUUCAUCUGCAGGGCAUCCUGGGCUGCUCUCUUCCUGGGGGCGCAUGGAGGAGCCGCUGGAGAUGCCGCCUGGGGAGGAGAGCAAGCCUUGCUCACUCUCGGAGGAGCUCGCCACUGACCCCUCCUUGCAGGUUGAGAUCUCAGACGCAGUCAGCGAACGGGACAAGGUGAAAUUCACUGUCCAGACCAAGAGCUCCCUGCCCCACUUCACCCGCCCAGCGCUCUCCGUGGUCCGGCAGCAUGAGGACUUUGUUUGGCUGCACGACACCUUCUCUGAAAAUGAUGAAUACGCUGGCAUCAUUAUCCCCCCUGCACCCCCCAGGCCUGACUUCGAGGCAUCACGGGAGAAGCUGCAGCGCCUUGGGGAGGGGAACAGCACCCUGACGCGGGAGGAGUUCGCCAAGAUGAAGCAGGAGCUGGAGGGCGAGUACCUGGCCAUCUUCAAAAAGACGGUGGCAAUGCACGAGGUGUUCCUGCAGCGCCUGGCAGCCCAUCCCGUCCUACGCCGGGACCACAACUUCUAUGUCUUCCUGGAAUACGACCAAGAUCUCAGUGUGCGUGGCAAGAACCGCAAGGAGCUGCUGGGCGGCUUCUUCCGGAACAUCGUCAAGUCAGCUGACGAGGCGCUCAUCACCGGGGUGUCAGGGCUGAAGGAGGUGGACGAGUUCUUUGAGCACGAGCGGACGUUCCUGCUGGAGUACCACGCCCGGGUGCGCGACACCUGCCUCAAGGCCGACCGCGUCAUGCGCUCCCACAAGAGCCUGGCAGAGGACUAUAUCCCCAUCUCAGUGGCACUGGGCAGCCUAGGCACACAGGAAGUCCGCCAGCUCCAGACGAGCUUCCUGAAAUUGGCUGAACUCUUUGAACGGCUGCGGAAGUUGGAGGGCCGUGUGGCAUCAGAUGAGGAUCUGAAACUGUCUGAUCUGCUCAAGUACUACAUGAGAGACUCACAGGCAGCCAAGGAUCUGCUGUACCGGCGCCUGCGGGCCCUGGCUGAUUACGAGAAUGCCAACAAGGCACUGGACAGAGCCCGCAUGAGGAACAAGGAGGUGAAGCCGGCUGAGGCCCAUCAGCAGCUGUGCUGUCAGCGCUUUGAACAGCUAUCAGCCUCCGCCAAACAAGAACUGACUGAUUUCAAGUCACGUCGAAUCUCCGCAUUUCGCAAGAACCUGAUCGAGCUGGCAGAGUUGGAGCUGAAACAUGCCAAGGCCAGUAGCCUGCUGCUGCGGAACACCCUGAUUGUGCUGAAGGGCGACGCCUGAUACUACCACCCAGCUCUGCACCUGGGGGAGGGGCCUCUCAGCGCCUUGGUGCAGAGACCCCCCCAGCGCUACUGCUGCUGCCUCAUAAUCCAGCCCCAUAUAUCCCUGCCCCAACCCUGUUGGCAUUCCAGCCCCCACAUACCUGCUCUGCCAACUCUGGGGGGCCCCCUCUGACUGUGGGGGCAACCCCCCCCCAACACCCA